CUUCCGCCGCGGCCAUUUUGUCUCCUUGCUUCGUGCGUGACAGGACACUCAGUCAGUCUCUGUCAGCGCACUGCCUCCUGGUUAUUGUUGACGUGGACAGGAUGCUAACCUAACAGUGGACUGUUGUUGUUAUCACUUGUCGUGUCUAUUAUGGUAAUAUCAAUCUCGAGUGUUGUGUAUUAGUGAAGUGUAGUGACAGUGCAGUGUUGACGUAAUGGGGUCAAAAGUGGAGUAUGUAGACUCGUCGCACAUGUACGCGACCAACUACGUCCGUAACUCCAAGGCUAUCGGUGUCCUCUGGGGGAUAUUCACCAUCUGCUACGCCAUCAUCGCCGUGGUAGCGUUCGUCACCCCAGAGUGGAUGGGGGACACCAUGGGCUCUGAGAACCCCGCGAGGUUCGGACUCUGGAGCAGCUGUUACUUCGGCAACGCUGUGGGAGUAGUCGAGGAUUGUCAAGGUCGUCUGGAUGACCUCUCCAGCAUUCCAAGCCUGCCCGGAAAGAUAGCCACGAUCCUGGCCGCCUUAUCAGUGCUCGUUGCUCUUAUCACGAUCGUUGCAAUGCUGCUCUUCUUCUUCAUAGCCUCCACCAAGGUCUUCCAUCUUUGUGGGUGGAUGCAAGUUUUGUCGGCUGUGUGUAUGCUCGGGGCAGCGGCAGUGUUUCCUCUGUCUUGGUCCAGCCCAGAUGUCCUGCGCACCUGUGGACAGACAGCAGGCCAUUACGCGCUAGGAGAUUGCUCGCUGCGCUGGGCCUACCUCCUGGCAGUCAUAGGUUGUCUGGACGCAGUAAUCCUAGCAACCCUUGCCUUCAUCUUGGCCACCAGACAUGUCAAGUUGCAGCCAGAACCCACCUAUGGCCUCAACGGUAGCCUCUAUAAAGGGGAAGUGAACGGAGGCUUCAUGGGAGAUGCUCACUCAGUGGCUGGCUCACGCAAGUCACUCAACUUACACCCAGUGCUGCUGUGUAAAGGUUAUAUAUGACUAUUAUUUUAUUGCAGGGGAAGUGAACGGAGGCUUCAUGGGAGACGCUCACUCAGUGGCUGGCUCACGCAAGUCACUCAACUUACACCCAGUGCUGCUGAUGCCACAACCGGGAGACGCUGACCGCUACUCUGAGUUCUCAAACCGUACAGGGCGUUCCAAAGCUUCUGCGUUCCGCCCAGAGUAUGGAGCCUCCAUGCACAACUUCCAGCUGUAACACCCCGACUACCUAACCCAUUAUUUAUCAAAACCUUUUGUAAAUGUUGUAAUCAAAACAUGUUUUUGUAAACUUGUAAAACAUGCCAAAUCCUUAUUAUUAUUUAAAUUGAAAUUAAGCAAUUUGGUUAAUUUUUAAACAUAACUAUAAAUUAAUCUCCACUUAACAGUAAGAAAUAGAAAGAAUUUUACUUAUAUGAAAUGACAAUUACGAUCUGAAAUCUAAUAAAGACCAUUACUAAUUUAAGUCCCACAAUAAUUUACCUAAAUCGUAUUAUGUAAAUCCUGUAAAUAUUUUAUCCAAUUUAAUCAAUGGGUAGAGAUUUUUAUACAAAAAUAGAACAAACCGAUAUAAAAUCCUAUAAUGUAUGAUAAUUCCUAGGAAUUUUCUUUAAAAAUAUAUUUUCUAACAAUAUACUCUAUAUUGUAUAUAGUAUUGUAAGCAUCCAAGAUCAAAAAGUACUGUAUAUAAGAAUUGCUGCACCUAUAAAUUUACUAUUUAUACGUCAAGCUUAUUUUUAGUUUAUAAUUUAUAUAAUGAACAAAGAAUAUAUGUUUUUAAAAUGUACAGUAUAAAAGUGUUAUUGCUUAGUUUUAAUGCUGUGUGAAUGUAUAAUAAAAAAUGUAUAAUAAAUAUUUAAAGUA